AUCCUGAAGGAGCAUCUGGUAGAGAGCAGACGCACCUGAAGGGAUGAGCUCCGGCAUGGCUGGCGCCAACAAGGAGCAACCCGCUGGCACGAGGCGGAACAGGAUGAGCUUCUGCGAGGAUGGCCCCGCAGCGAGGCGUGCCUCCGGACCCACAUGCACCGACACCGAAGGUACACGGCUCCACAGCCACCACAGGAGCGCUGCUGCAGCCAAUCUUGGCACGCAGACGACACUUUCCAUCUGCCACCUCACUCCCGCCUGGCAGCGGGAGGGCUGCCGGGAAGCGGCAGGUGCAGAGUGUGACCCGCUUUUCCUUUGCCCUCCAGAGCGAGUUGCCGUCUGGGAUGCGGUGGCCGCCUACGUACAAGAGCACCUCCUGGUGCAGAAGGGGGUCUGGAUUCCCACCUUCGGAUCCUUUGACACCAUCUCCAGAGACAUCAGGACUGAGGACGGGACCGUGACUCUGCGGUGGCCCGUCUUUCACUUGUCUGGAAACCUCAUAGCCGUGCACCACCUCAAGCCCCGCAGGGAGUCCCUGCCAGCCCAUAGGAAGCUGGAGCCGCUCAAGAGCAGCGAGGUGGCCGCAGCUGCCUCUGUGACCUGGCAGACAGCGCAGGCUUGCAUCCAAAGCACCGUGUCCCUGCUCUCUGGCUGCCUGAAGAAUGGGGAGAACGUUGCCGUUGUCUUCAAGGACAUUGGAGUGCUCCACAUCGAUGGAAUGACCUUCCACAUGAAAUUCUAUUACGACUUCCUUGAGAAGCUGUCAGGGAAAGAGAAGUUCAGGAAAGCUCUUCUCAAGGCCCCCUGGCUGCUGGACAUGGUGGUGUCCCGAGCGGCACCGGUGGCCUCCCUGGCACUCUCUGGCUGCCUCGUCGUCUUUCCCAAGUUUCAAAUGGAGUUUGUCCCCAAACCACCACCUGGGAUAUGCCGCAGGUCCUCAGGAGGCAUCCCUGCGGAGGGGAAACCAAAGGAAGAGGAGGCUUUGCCACCUCUCGCCCAGGGCAAGAAAGUGAGAUUUGCUGGCAAGCCAACCUUCAUCAAACGCUUGAGCUCGGACAGUCUAGAUGGAGGAAAACUCCGAAGGAUAAGGAGCUUACUGCGCAAGGAGAGCUCUACGUCCAGUCUGCUGCCAGCCAUCCCUGGAGUGCCUGAAGAACAAAAGCAGCCGCUGACCUGCCAGCUGCAGGGCCAGGCAGAAACAGACAGCCAAGAAGACCUGGGCCGAGACCCAGGAACCAAACACGUGAGCUUCCGUGAGGAAGAACGGGAAGCGGAAAAAGCCCAUCGUGUGGCUGCAGUGCUGAAGUUGCCCAAAGCCAACGAAUCUUUCAGCAAAGAUUCCAGACCUUCCUCAAGGGCUCAGUCCAGCCCGUCGCAGGCAUCGCAAGGCACUCCAUCCCGGCUUCCACUUCUGGCAUGUGACUCAGUCAGACUUCUCAGGCGCAGGGCUAAGAAGAGCAGGCAGAAAGAACCUGAGGAGAUGGAAGCAUCAACAUCUCAGGCUGAGGCCAGCCAGCCGCAGGAGUCCUCUGCCGACAGAGCUGGAUUUACUGCCACCGAUAAACGAAGAAACACAGUCUCCUCAGC